UACAAACUACUACAACAGAGAUUGAUGCCUAUUGACAAACUGAUUCAAAUCUUUAACCAGAACUUGGAAACCAGGGAAAAAAGAAUAAAUAAGCUUGACAGUAUUGAAAAUACCAUUUCAAAGUUGUCCAAAGGUUUUCAUCUGAUCGAGUCACGUGUAUGUAACAGAUAUGCUUGUCAUGUACAGCUUACUGUUCUCACACCUGCCAGUACUGGAUCAAUUAUUUCAAGAUUUGGUAAAGUACGUGAAUAUAACGGUCAACAUUUUAAUCAAACAACAGGAACAUUUGUAUCACCACAUGAUGGUUUAUAUCUUGUAUGUGUCACUCUAUAUGAACGGGGAGAUAAACAGAUUGGAGUUGGUGUGUGGGCUGGAGACGAGUGGUGUAAGGUUAUAGAAGUGAAAUGUGCCGACACUAGCGCUGCUGGGUCAAUGGUUGUUGACAUGAAGAAAGGUCAAGAACUUUAUUUUCAAGUGUCUCACGCAGAACAAGGCGCGAUGUUAUCCUGCAACAGUAGUUUUACUAUCGUUAGUUUAUAGAAGUACAAAACCAAAGAUGGUAAAUGUUAAAUUCUCUAAGCAAUAAAAUAUGUAACCACCAUGUUUUACACACGCUGACAACUUUCUAUGGGUUUAGACUACAUGUCUACAUAGACUUAAAAUGUUUUAUAUGCUAUUUGUUUAGUCACUAUUACACAAUUCCAACUAAUAAAAUGUUAUUAUCAAUUAAUAUGUUCUACUUCACUAAAAUAAACAAAUAGGAUAACUCUUUAUUACAUAUCUUUUAAUUCUCUGUGUGAGAGCUUUCUGAGCAUCAUUUGAUUCGUGUGCGUUUUGUGUUUUAUCAAUAAAACAUGUGUGUUUGAUCUUAAAUUUAAAUCCGUAUUUUUGAGCCAAACCAAGUGAACUAUAUCAAAGACAAUGUUUGAAAAAUUUUACUAGGAAACUUCAGUAAU